CUUUGUCUCGUCAAUACAAGUUCUUUUUUGCGUCACGUAUCCAUUCUUUUUUUGUUGUUGUUUGUUUGUUUUUGCCACUCGCCUCCCAACUACCGCCUUCGACCUCGCUGGAGCAUGGAUGUACAGCAAUGACUACUCCCCAUGUCCGACGCCAUCGCUUGGCCCCGUUGUCGGGACUCGCGCUGAUUGAGCUCGCGCAGGACGGCCGAUUGGACGAGCUGUUUCAGCUGCUGCGUGACUUCCCGCCUGUCGUGAACAUGCCGUCCGCGAACGGCGAAACCCUCUUGCACUAUGUAUGUCGCGAAGGUCGCGUCGACAUUAUGAAUCGGCUGCUCGACAUGUACGAGCCUCCCUCCCCAACGCUGAUGACGAUGACGCAGGGCAAAGACGCGCGUGUCGGCGAUUUGAGCCACAACAACCACGCCAGCCGCCAGUCCGACACGGACGCCUGCCGCUCGAGCGAUGAGCGCGUUGUGUUGGACUGGACUGCUGCCACCAGGGGCAGGCGGCAGACGCCGCUCGCAUGCGCGUGUAUUCAGGGUCAAGCGGCAAUUGUGGCGCUCCUUCGUCAACGCUGUCCCGACACGGCCCUCGCUCUCGAGCGCCUGCUGCAAACCGACAGCGAGUCCGCAACGCCGUUGCAUUUGGCCGUUGGAUCUGGCUCCUUAGAGCUGUGUCGGACUAUCCUGGAACGCCAGUGCGAUGUUGGGUUGCGGCGCAGAUUGCCGCCAAGUGCCGAUCGUGUCGUGACAACCGAGCAGGACACCUCCACCAACCUCGACGCGUCAACCGACCAAGGCAUAGCAACCAACCAAGGCAUAAUAGCUCAACAAGGCAUAGAAACCGCGUCGACUCAUCGCCAACUCGCGGAACUCGUCGAAACGCCUCCUGCCACCAGCGCUCUCCCGCCAGAUCUGGGCUCGCUUCGUUUGAAAGCGAAAUCGCCCCUGCAUCUUGCUGCCUCGAAAGGAUUUGCUGACUUGAUUCAUUUGCUGAUUGACUAUGGCGACGAUAUGAACGAAGUUCACAUCUUCCUGCGAACACCGCUGUUGUUUGCAACCUACUUUGGAGAGGCCGCGUGUGUGGCUGCACUCCUCGAACGAGGGGCAGAUGUUCAGCAUCGCGAUGAGAACGGAUCGACCGGCAUGCACUACGCUGCGCUGAGGUCUCACGUCGAUUCCCUAUCCGUCUUGAUCCAGCACGGAGGCGACGUCAACGCGCAAACGGACGAAAAAAGCACCCCGCUUCACCACGCUGCGAUACAUAGCUCAAAGCCUUGCCUGGAACUUUUGCUUGAGAACGGUGCCCUCCCAGAUCCAGUCGAUGAUCUCGGCAGCACUCCGCUGAUGGAGGCGGUCAAGUCCCCGUCCAUGCGUCUCGCAACUCUGCAGUUUUUGCUCGAGCGUGGUGCUCGAGUGAAUGCCGUUGACAGCAGCAUGAACACAGUACUUCACCACGCCUCGCGUCUUCAGUGGAUGCAGGCCGUCGAGCUGCUUCAUCAGCAUGGUGGUGACAUGCAUCGGCGCAACAGCCUGGACAUCACUCCAGCGCAACUCGCACCGCUCAGGGAAUCAGGCUUGCGGGUCCUGUCUCUCACGCAGCUGGCUGCUUUGAGCGUCAUGCGCACCACAUCUCGCAAGCAGCUAGCUGCCAUGGACUGGCCGUUCAAUGUGCGGGAGCUCCUGCUCCUGGAUGACAUUCUUUGGACGAAUAAUCCGUGUAGCUGAACAUUUUUGUGAAAAACAUCCCAAACUAAAACUUGUACG